AUGUUCAAACAUAAAUCAGCUUCAUUUCAUGAUGCAAGCAUUGAUACCCAAUUGAAAUUUAAGCCUCCAAAACCAGAAUUAAUAUCUAAUUCCACUAAAAGAAAUUCUGAAGUGCUAUCUCAUCCUCCAGAAUUAUUAGCCAAACUAUAUUAAACCAAUAGGCUUUUAGAAUAAAAUAUUGUAAAGCUAAAUGAAACCCAAUAAAAAUUGGCCUAGAAAGAAGAGGAGAUCUUGGAUUUGAAAUAGAAACUUAGAUGUUCAACUAAGGAUUUAAACGAGAAGAAUGACAAAAUUGCAUAAUUAACAGAACAAUUAAAAGGAUUCAAAAUAGAUAUGAGAAAAACUAGUUCUGAUAGAGGUAAUUAAGAAUUACAAUAAAAACUGCAUCAUGUUUCUUAACAUAAUGAAGCCUUGUUUCAAGAUUAUCAAUCUGUUCUUUUGCAGAAUUAAAAUUAUCAAUAGUAAAUCAUUGAACUUCAAGACUAGUUGAAUUCAAUAUCUUAUAGAUUAAGAGAGUCAGAAUAAGCAAUAUAAUUGAUUAAAGAAACAGAAACUAAAGUCAAUUAUCUAGAAUUAGAUGUUGAUAGACUAGAGGAAAAACAAAAGAAGUCCUUACCUGGAUUAAUGAAAUAGAAUCAGCAAAUGAAAAUCUAAUACGAGACCAACAUAUAACUUCUUAAUUGCGGUGUAGAUUAUAUAGCUACUCAAUUCUAAAAAUCGAUUACAACUCUAACCAAGCAACUUUAGAUGGUUUCAAAAUUUUCAAAAAGAAAUGUUGUUUUAUCAGAAACAUAAUUGAGCUUUUAUGGAUUAAACACAUUGGCAUAAUAAACAAACUCAAAGAGAGUGUAAUAAAUACUUUAAAAGAUGAACAUAAGCGAAACUCUUUAAAGCUGGUUAGAAGGGAUUGUCACAUUUCUUAUGAUUAAUUGUCAGGAAAUAUUGUAAAAAGAAGUGGAUAAAAAAUUAGAUAAAUUGUAAAGACAAAUUUAACGAGUCCAUGACAUCACUAUUCAAUUAGCCACUUCCUAUGAUUUCAUGAAAUUUGGCAAGAAUAGAUGCAAUAACAUGAGUGCUUACAGUCAAAAGUCAAGCAGUUAUUGUUCGAGAUUAUAAGAUAAGGAGAAUGACGAAUAUAGUUAAAAUAUUAAACUUAAAGAUUUCUUGGAUUUGACAUUAAUUAAAUUAGGAGAGCAUUUGGCUUAAAUCUAACAACUAAACAUUGAGUUAUAAGUAUAGAAUUUUUAGAAUAAAUCUUCGAGGGAGCUGCAAAUUGGACUUAAGGAAUAAUUGCAUUUGCACGAAAAUUUAACAAAUUAUAUAAAAAAGGAGUUAAUUUCAAUUAAAAAAGAGAUCACUAGUCAUUCAUAGAGAGGAUAAGUUAAGAAAUAUAGUUACAUGCCUAAAAUAAUAUGA